GGUCUGAUCGGGUGGUGGAUGGUGAAGUCAGGGUUGGACCCGAGUAAUAACUCGAAUGAACAAGUGCCACGCGUCUCGCAGUAUCGUUUGGCAACUCACUUAACGAUGGCGUUCGUUUUGUACACGAUCUGCUUAUGGACUGGACUUUCGCAUGUGUUGACUCCUGUCGAUGUUAGUUACUAA